AUGGCGGAGGAUGUCGUCCUCGAAUACCUACAGAACCACCACGAAAUCGCAGACUCUCAACUCUUCGCAGCCCAAGCCAAUAUCAACCACGACGACAUCGCUAAUGCUAUUAACAGUCUCACUGAUCAUGGAUACGUUGACUCUCAGGAGAUUAUAGAGGAGACAUGGUUGCUCACCGAGGCAGGAAAGACAUAUGCUGUUCAUGGAUCACCUGAAGUGCGUCUCUUCCUGGCCAUACCACAAGAGGGUAUCACAAAAGAUGAAUUGCAGAAAAAGUUCGAUGCAUCAGAAUUCAAAAUAGCUUGCGCCAAGGCUGCACAGAAUAGAUGGGUGGACUUCGGAAGGCAACUAGUGACCAGGAAGAUCCAACUUGUGGAUAAUGACAAGGUCCAAACUUUGCUUCUACAGAUACAAAACGCAGAGGAAAACAUCAGCCAAGAUGACAUCAAGGCUCUCACCAAAAGAAAGCUUAUUGUUCUACAAGUGAAGCAAGGCUUCUCAGUGAGAAGAGGUCCCAAUUAUGCUCUCCAACAGUGA